AUGAGUGCUUCUGGAGUUUUCGUCCCUCCUCUAGUGAUCUUCCCAAGGACAAAUAUGACUCAAAUCCUAAUGAAAGGAUGCCCUCCAGGUUCAAUAGGGAGAGCUCACCCCUCAGGAUGGGUUCAAAGUAAUAUUUUUACAGACUGGUUUGCUCAUUUUAUUGAGAAAGUCUGUCCGACAGAAAACUCGCCAGUUCUGCUGAUUUUGGACGGACAUUACAGUCACGUCCGAAAUCCAGAUUUAAUUGACAUGGCCCGAAAGAGCUUCGUGACAAUAAUUUGUCUUCCACCGCACUCUACACAUAAACUGCAGCCGCUCGACAAGACAUUCAUGGGACCAUUAAAAGCUUUUUAUAGUGAGGAAGUAAGACAAUUUAUUAGACAUUCAAACCGCGCUGUUACACCAUAUGACAUCAUGGAGCUCUUUGGGAAAGCUUACCUUAAGGUCCAGACGGGAGAUAUUGCAGUCAAUGGUUUCAAGGCAACCGGAAUUUUUCCUUUGAACAAAAAUAUUUUCACAGAGGCUGAUUUCAUAGCCUCUGAAAUCGAAGCAGAGAAAACAUGCAAUGCACCCCAGGCUGAUCAGUCAAAGGUGGUAGGAUCUACAUCAUCUUCCCAUGCAUCAUUUUCUCAAUGCUGCUCUUCAAGCACUCCAAAGAAUCUACCUGGACCAUCGAAGCAAAUUAGCCCUUUUCAAAUUGCCCCAGUACCCAACAUCAAGAAAAAGGUCACAAAUCGUGGUCGCAAGUCUUCAAGUGCUUGUGUGAUCACAGAUACACCAUACAAAGAAGAGCUUUCGAAGAGCCUAGAAAAGUCUGCAGCGAACAUGAGCAAAAAAAAAUUGCUAUUUAACGAUUUUGAUGGCUCAAAAAAAAAGAGCAGCAAUAAGAUGACAAAAAGACCAAAAAUAAGCUCAAAACCGGAGUCAGAAUCUUCAGAUUCUGAUGGUGACUUACCCGACGACAGUUCGAGUGACAUUGAAAGGCCUAAUGGACAUUACCCAGACGAUGAGGAUGCAAGUUGCUUAUUUUGCAAUGGAAUGUUUUCAGAAGACACUAGAGGAGAAGUUUGGGUGAAGUGUUUUCAGUGUUUUAUGUGGGCACAUAGUGACUGUGCGGGUGCUGAAAAGGACAUUUACAUAUGUGACUUUUGUAAAUAA